CUGAGGAGCUACAUCAGAUCUUUCCACUGUCAUCUACCCAUUUUACAUCUCACGCAGAUUUUGGGCAGCGAUGCCCCAUCUCCACUGACAUUGGCUAUAUGUUCUAUUGGUGCACUUUACCUUACGGACCGGGAAAACGCAACGCUAUUCAAAGACCUCGGCACGAGAGCUCUUCAAAUUGAGGAACCUGACACUCAGUGUCUGUGGGCAGUACAAUGCAGACUUCUCAUCACAUGUGUCAAUGCUUUCAAUGGCAGGCCAUUCGAUAUUCAAGUUGCCACGGAAAACAUGACAUUUCUACACAGGGAAUUACGUAUAAGAAUACAGGGUUUACGACCAAGAGUUGAUGGGCUCAAAACAACUUCGUGGCCGAAGUGGAGAAACCGCGAAGCUUCGAAGAGCAGAUUAUUAUUCGGUAUUCUGAUUCUAGGUAGCCUCAUGUCGGUCACCUAUGAUCUCAGCCCUGGAGUUCCGAUGGCUCCAGGUGUUGACCUCGAAUUACCAGAAGAUGAAGCACUUUGGGAGGCAGCCUCCGAAGACGAAUGGCAGGCAACACGGGGUUCGAUCCAAAGUUCCGGGUAUGUCCCUGGGCUCAAAGCGGCCUGGAACUUUUUGGCAUUUGGUAAAGGUCUCGACCCUUUUGGUGCCGAGUGUACGCCUUGGUCAACCUUUUCUGUCCUUGCGGUAAUUCAUCUCGUGAUCAACCAUAUGUGGUAUCUCAUGCAAACUACUCAAUAUCUCACAAUCUUUGCCCUCGAUCCCGAGGUUGAACAGAAACUGGGAUCUCUAUCGGACAUCUCAAUAUCGUCGGCGCUGGGAAGGUGCUACAAGGUGCUGACAUCAGGGAGACCUGAAUCGGAGCGUUCAAACGAUGAUCCUGAAGGUCCCAUGAUCUUCAACUGUCUGGCUCUUCUGCGAAUCGGUUUUGUUCGUACCUCAAUCGCCGGGGCCGCACUCAACCAAAUAGUUCACCUCACCGAAAACGAAGCUACUAGAUCCGAGGCAAUUCGAUCGUACGUCCGCUCCGAGAUUCCCCGAUCAGCAUUUAUUCCAGCCGCAGUGCAAAGGAUAUUCCAGGCCCUCUGUCUUCCACUCUCAUCUGGGCAUAUCCUUACAAAGAAAACGGCGGCAUUUACGUGGAGCAUUGAACAUGCGAUUUCUGGAUGGGAAUGCGCAUUAUAUUUCACUAAGUGGAUUCACGUCACCGAGACACAGACGCAAGGAAUCCCGUUAAAUGCUCAAGAGCAAGAGAUCAUAGACAAUGUCCAGAAAAUCUUGCUUGACAUUGACGGAGACUGGGAGUGA